AUGUUGUGCAGAAUAAUAUUAUUGGCGAUUUUUUACAAUAUUUUUGCCUCCUCAGCCGGUCAAAACUGUGAUAACGCCCAUUUCUAUGAAGACAUAGGAUGUAGCCCUUCGAAUGAAAAAAACGGCGAGUGUCCUGCGGAAUAUUUUUGCGGCAGUUUUAAACCAUCCAAAGAUGGUUGUUUAUUUAAAAACAAAACUUUAAAAUAUGGUGAAACAAUCGACGACAACUUGAUUUAUCCCGCCUGUCGAAUCAAUUGCCGUUGCCAAGAACAAAGUACAAAGCCUUUUACAUGUGCAAUUCUGGAUUGUCCCGAAUGGCUCGGUUCCCCUUUAAAAGUAGGUUGUCACAGAAGGUAUGAAGUUAAUAAAUGCUGUUCUGUAGGACAAGUUUGUCUACCCAUGAAUGAAAAUAUUAAGUGCGAAGUUGGUGGUAAAACUUACGUUGAAGGUGAGCGUUUUGUACCCGAAGACAGUUGUUUAAAAUGCGUGUGUUCCGAAGGCUAUGAGGGAAAAAACACUGAAAAAUUCUGCUCUAAACAAAAAUGCGUUGAUCAAAUUCAAAACCCCGAAGAAGUCGCAAAUAAUUGUGCUCCAGUAUAUUUCGAAAAAGAGCGCUGUUGCCCAUACGGUUGGGUUUGUCCUAAGCCAGAGGACAAAAUUGAAGUCAUUAAUGCCAAUGCCAAAUCAAAUAAUCUUAAAUGAACGAUAAAACUUUGAAACUUGGAGAAGGAGUAAAAACAAUGUACGAUCGCUUUGGUACUCAACAAAUGGUGACUUGUGAAUGCAAGAUACCGCCAUUCCUUACCUGUAUUGGAUAA